GGCACAGGAGGAGGAAGAGGAACAGGAAAGAAAAGGACAGCACAUCGUCUAUGAGUAGUAUCGGUAAUGACAGGCUGAUAUACAGAGGGUGAGCGGGGAAGAGCUGCAUGGAGAGUGCGACAGACAGUGACCGCGAGAAGAGGAGACAGACAAGGACAAAGCCUUGAACUCAGAAGCUGCUGUGAUGGACACCAAGGCAGUGUUUGCGGCCCUGUACAGUGUGUGCGAAGAAAACACCACAUUCUUCUCUGGAGGAGGCAAGGGCUCGCAGGGAGAUGCGGCGCGGCGACUGGUGGACGCAAUGAGCUCCAUCCAGGAGCACGCUCGCAGUCUGGAGCCGGUCGUCUCUGGCUUCGCCGCCGUUUACCACCAUUUUGACUUUGACCCACACAUACCUGCUAACGGCUAUCGUUCAUUAGUCAAGGUGUUGCGUUGCUGCCUUCUCCACAUCAUCCACAAGGGGCGCUACAUCACUGCCAACCGCCGCAGCAUCUUUUUCCGAUUAGCACACAACGCGGGGGAGAUAGAGGCCUACUGCAAUGCCCUGUGCCAGCUGCGCGCCCUGCUCUACUUGGCUCAGCGUAUGCUGCACGACAACAGCCACGGUAACCUGUUCUUCCAGGACGAAAGUGGCCUCAGCGAGAGCUUUGUCCGUGAAUACUCGUCCAUGCACAAGGGCUGCUUCUACGGCCGCUGCCUGGGCUUUCAGUUUACUCCAGCUAUCCGGCCCUCCCUCCAGACCAUUGCUAUUGGACUUGUGGCCUUUGGAGAAAACUACAAGCGUCAUCAGUCAGGAAUAGGUGUAGCAGCCAGCUCUUUCUUCACCUCAGGGAAAUACGCCAUUGACCCAGAGUUGAGAGGGGCAGAGUUUGAGCGCAUUACCCAAAACCUUGACGUUCAUUUUUGGAAGGCCUUCUGGAACAUUACUGAGACUGAGGUCCUGUCGAGUCUCGCCAGCAUGACAUCCACCACAGUUAAGGUGAACCGGGCUCUCUCCGUGCCCCCUGUGCCCUUUGACCUUCCCUUGGCAGCCAAUCACAGAGCGUCUGUAACUAUCGCUCCACCAUCGGCUCACAUCGGCACCGCUCCAGUCCAGAUGAGGCUCAUCUCUUAUGACUUGCGUGAAGGACAGGACAGUGAAACUCUUCUAUCUCUCUGCCGCUCUGAGGGAGGAGCCAUCUCUCUGUCGCUGGGGCUGAAAGCCAAGCGCCUCCCUUCUUCUCCGUGCUUGCUGCUCCACUUCCAUGGAGGAGGCUUUGUGGCGCAGACCUCCAAGUCACAUGAGCCUUAUCUGAAGAGUUGGUCCCAGGACCUUGGUGUCCCCAUCUUGUCAGUGGACUACUCUCUGGCUCCUGAGGCCCCCUUCCCCAGGGCGUUGGAGGAGUGUUUCUAUGCUUACUGCUGGGCUCUGAGAAACCACCACCUAUUAGGCUGGACUGGAGAGAAAAUAUGUCUGGCUGGGGACAGUGCGGGAGGCAAUCUGUCCUUGACUACAUCGAUGCGCGCUGCUGCCUUUGGCGUGCGAAUGCCAGAUGGUAUCGUGGCAGCCUACCCAGCUACCCUGCUGACUGCCUACGCAUCGCCCUCUCGUCUACUCACACUUAUGGAUCCCCUGCUUCCACUCAGUGUGCUCUCCAGGUGUCUCAGCGCCUACGCAGGCAAUGAGCCGCAGACUGAGAAGCAGGUAGAGAAAGUGAGCACACUGAGCCUGGUGAGGAGAGACACGGCACUGCUGCUGCGAGAUUUCCGACAGGGAGCCUCCAACUGGAUCCACUCGUUCCUGGAUUCCAGCAGAGCCUCGUCUUCUCCCAGCGAAGCUGCAGAGGCGACACCAGGUGCCACUGAUGCAAUGAGAAAGAGUGUCUCAGAGGCAGCCUUCUCCUCUCCUCAUGCCGACCCUCCCGUCGCCGCCGAGGCCCCCGAGUUCGCCACCAGGAAAUUAUCUGUGAAGAGCCAGACAUGCCAGGACCUGGGAGCUCACAACAGCAAAUCCACUUUUCAAAUUGCACCACUGAUCUUGGAGGAGGACACUACAGAGGAUGUGAAUUUCUUCCUCUGCAAGGACCCAGACCCCUCUGUGUUGAGUGACCUGUCUUUGGUGGCUAUACCGCCACCUGCUGGGGAGGAGGUGUCUGAGUCUGCGGUCUCGAGAGAGUUUCCACGGGGUUUUGAGCCACUGCGUUCAGAGCAGCCGGCCGAGAUGAGGAUGCAGAGCUCUCCUGUGGUCAAAGAUCCUUUCUGCUCGCCUCUUCUGGCCCCUGAUAGUUUGCUGAAAGGACUGCCUCCUGUUCACCUAGUGGCUUGUGCGUUGGACCCCAUGCUGGACGACUCCGUCAUGUUUGCCAAGCGUCUAAGGACCCUGGAUCAGCCCGUUACUCUGUGUGUGGUGGACGACCUCCCCCACGGCUUCCUCAGCCUCUCGCAGCUCUCCAGGGAGACGAGGGAGGCCGCCGACGUCUGCGUGGAGCGGAUUCGCGCCGUCUUCACCCAGGAGGACACUCCCCCGGAGCCACGCAAGCACCGGAAGCUGGAACGGACCGACGGGGGUCUGUCAGCCUUUUCCGGAGAAGCGGCCUCUCUCUUCAUUGGACCCGUUGAAGAAGAGGAGGACGCUGUCUGUUGCGGGGUCAAAGAUAUUGACGAAGAGGACUUAGUUACUGUUGCGGCCCAGUGCAACACUGAUGCUGGUGAAAUUGGAGCUUAAAUUAGGUUAGAUUUAAAUUAAGGGACUGCUAUUCACCCGUGGAGUGAAGGAAGAGACUAAAUCAAAGUAAGACAAAUGUAGGCAGUUUUGUGCCUAAAGACGGAAAGAUAAAACACAGAAGGAAGGAAGGAAGGAAGUGGUAAAGGAUAGUGCCGGGCUUCUAGGACGGAAAUCUAACCAUAACACUCCAGUGAAAACGGAAGAAUCUGACCAUAACACUCCAGUGAAAACAGAAGAAAUCUGACCAUAACACUCCAGUGAAAACAGAAGAAAUCUAACCAUAACCCUCCAGUGAAAACAGAAGAAAUCUAACCAUAACACUCCAGUGAAAACAGAAGAAAUCUAACCAUAACACUCCAGUGAAAACAGAAGAAAUCUAACCAUAACACUCCAGUGAAAACAGAAGAACUCUGACCAUAACACUCCAGUGAAAACAGAAGAAAUCUGACCAUAACACUCCAGUGAAAACAGAAGAAAUCUAACCAUAACACUCCAGUGAAAACAGAAGAAAUCUAACCAUAACACUCCAGUGAAAACAGAAGAAAUCUAACCAUAACACUCCAGUGAAAACAGAAGAAAUCUGACCAUAACACUGCAGUGAAAACAGAAGAAAUCUAACCAUAACACUGCAGUGAAAACAGAAGAAAUCUAACCAUAACACUCCAGUGAAAACAGAAGAAAUCUAACCAUAACACUCCAGUGAAAACAGAAGAAAUCUAACCAUAACACUCCAGUGAAAACAGAAGAAAUCUGACCAUAACACUCCAGUGAAAACAGAAGAAAUCUGACCAUAACACUCCAGUGAAAACAGAAGAAAUCUGACCAUAACACUCCAGUGAAAACAGAAGAAAGACAUGUUUAAGAAUAACGUGGUCAUUUAGAAGCUACUUAGAUCUAGGACAGCACUCACACACAUAUGUAGCGCACAUUUCCAGUAAGAAACAGAGCUGCUGUGGGGUUUAAGCAGAGCAGAAGAUUUCUGGAGACGAAACCUAAAUGGUUGAUUGAUUUAGGCCGAGCCAGUCGUCUGUGGCCCCAGUGAGAUGACCGUGGGCACAUUUUACGCUUCUGUAUCCAGUCGUCUCCCAUCAAAAUGGCCACUUGUCCUUUACAGAGCUGCUCUAAAUCACACUUAAUAGCUGCACACUGUGUUGUCCAUUACAGCGGUUUGGCAUUCAAUACAGCUCACUCAGUGAAUAAUAAAUCUGUUGACUUUCUCUGUAAUAGAAUUACCAAGCUGAAACACAAAGACGAGCUCCAAAAACUGGACAAACUCAUUUUGCUUAUUUUUUGUUUGCAGGUUUUAAUCUCGUCAGCAACACUAUGCAGUAGUAUUACUUUUGUUAUUUAUAUCUUCUUUUUUUUAUAUAUAUAGUAUAAUCAUUAGAUUUAUAUGUUCUUAUUUGUCCUGUAUACAUUUUUGAACGUGUGAAAUAUUUGACCUCUGCCUCUUUAGCCACAGCUGCUCCGACAUCCCUGGACUUGUUGUCAGUGAUGCACACUGAUGACUUAGUUUCCAGUCAUCUCUCCAGAUACUGCCUGGUGCUUUAUUUUUAUUUUUUAUUUUUAGUGUUGAUGUUUGUGUUUGUCGAUUGCUUUAGUGAAUUUUGUGGAGUUGCACUGAGAUGCGUUAUCCUCCAAACAUGGACACUACAUGCUUGAAAACGUGGCUCCCGUGGAAAUAGGUCUUUUUAAGAACUCUCAUCAACAAUCAUCUGUCGUAGGAGCCUGAAAGAGACAUCCUUUUUUAAAAAGGAAAACUGAAUAUAGUAGCUUGACCUUCUCCCUCUGCAGAACUGUAGAGUAGAGGGAGAGAGAUAGUGGCAGCACAAAGCUCAGCCCUGAGCUAUCAAUACAUAUUUUAGACAUCACUGCACUGAUUUACUCCCUCGUUGUUCCUGUUUCUCACCAGGUGUUAUUGCUUAAAGUGAUAGUUCUUUCUUUCUUUCUUUUUUGAAGUGGAGGGUUUCGGGAACUAACCUGAGACAUGGAAGAAAAAAAAAAAAGCAUGGCUGCCAGUGGGGACAGAAGGAUUUUAGCCUCUUACCUGUGUGUGUGCUGUCUCACAAUGCAUUUGUUGCUUUGUUUUGUAACCUUCAUGUAAAUCCACAUGAAGGAUUCCACACACUGAAGUCACUGAACAGCUUCAGAGUCAUUGUGAUGGUUCAGUGUUUUGUUGUGGGGAGAUUUGUCUCCACGCCCCCUACUGUCUGUUUGCAGAAAACCAGCCUCAUAGUCCUCAUGAUCAGGAGGUCUUGUAAAGUCUCCGGUCUUGCCAGGUACUGGCGAGAAGAUAAAAGCAGCGAUAGUGUUAUUAUAGACGUACAUCAUGGUCUCACGCCUCACGCUGACUCUGUGUCAGUAAUCUCUCUUCAAGAGAACCCUGAACUAUCCUGUGAACAUGUGUCAAAGUACCACUCGUGUCAUGCGACAGGAUUUCCCGCCUGACAGCCACUUUCCACAGAUCACUUCCUGUAAGGAAGAGCUUAAGGACACUCACCAAGAAUACAGAUUAUAGUAGUUGUUGUGUAAAAGCCGCUGAACUUGUGAUUGGAUGACUGCCAAGGCUGGCGGUUCAAAUUUCUUAUUUUUGUUUCUGUGGUCGACGCUAACCUGAGCGUGAUGCCACACAAGCACUUUAGAGUGCAGUCAAAUGUCCUUCAGCGUGUCUGCCCCUCUAUCAGCUGCAACUAAAUAUAGAUGCCAACAAUGCUGCCACUGUGCUGCCCUUGCCUUGGUAACAUUGCUGGGGUUGCCAGGUCUGUAGCUGCUGCUGCUGCUGCUGCUGUGAUGAAUAGGAUUUAGCUGACGCUCGGAGUUCAGAAUCCUCCCACCUCAUCUGAAGAAGAGCAGGAUUUUCUGCAGCAAAGUCAUGCUACAAGAUUAGACCAGUGCUCACUUCUGUCAGCUGCGAGUAUUACUGCAAUAUUUUUGGUCAGAUUGAUGAAGGGGAACCAAAGCCUAGACGAGGAGGGAGCAGUCGUACGCUCGUCCUGUCAAAUAUGCACAGACGAGAGGCUGUUUAUGCUGACGCUGCACUUUCACAGUCAUUUGUUUGUCAACCUGCACAGUGUAUUUUAGGCUUAAACCUGUGUUGACUUUUUCCUUUUCUUUGCUUGGUGCAUGUAUGUGUGGCUUUAGAGGAGCUAUACCGUACUGGAACCUUGUAUUUAGCAUCGUUACCCAACCGACUGUGCCUUUCUUUGUUGCUUAUCUCUCUUAGCAACAGCAAAACAUGGUAAAGCUGUGAAAAACCAGCCUAAACUUCUCACCCUUGGCAGUUUUAUGUGUGUUUUUUCACUAUCUCACACCCAGCACAAAGCAGUGCACACUACAUGUGUCUAGUACCCAUUUGUCAAUGUGCACAAUAUGUGCACAAUAGUGUUCAGUGUGUGAUGAACAUAAAGAUGUUAACAGUGGAGACACAGUUGUUAGCUGUUAGUCUGAUCUCUGCAGCACAGCACAACUGGUUUAUGAUAAAUGGACUUCUUCAACACUAAAGUAAACACUAACUAACUUUUGUCAGACGUUGUCGUGUUGUUGCUCCACUGAUGCUUACGUGUGUGCUCAGCGUAAAUGUGUGUGUGCUCUGUGGUUGUCAGUGUUGCUGCUUCACCGUGUCUGUGUGUGUGUAUAAUCCACAGUGUAUCCAUCUAAUCCUGACAGACUUAGAGGUUUUUAUUGCCCAAUAUGUUGAUGUUCUUUGAUUAUCUACUGUUUUACCCUCUGAAAGCUGCUCUCACUAGAGAUUUUCUUUAUCCUGAGUAGGUUUUAAUGUAGUGCGAUGCAAAAAUGCUGCUGCUGCUGCUGCUGCAAACUUGAGCAAGGUAGUUUAAUCUUUACCUCAUUGUUUUUACAGUCAUGCAAUGCAAACCAGAUGCACACUGUGGGCAGGAUCACUGUUGAUAUGGAAAUACUCGCAGCUCUCUGUGCUCAUUUCAUAUGCAACAGAUAAACCAAGGGAAUCCCUUAUCUCUGGAACGCUCUGUUGAUAAGGACAUGGGUUUAUGGACUGGUGUCACACUGGCUGCAUGUCUCCCUUGUUUGUUACAACGCCACCUACUGUUGGCCACCAGCAGUGUUGUGGACACUACAGAACUAGCAGAACAGUGGGCGAGUAAUGCCAGUAACGUGAUGUCAUCCUCAAAGUCUGUCCACCAGAGACUUAAGAACACUCUCAUUACUUAACAUGAAAACCCAUAGACUCUGCCGCCUCUGUGAAACAAGCCAUAGACUCUUUUAUUCUGUUUUUUUUAACUUUCUCUACGUUCACGACCCACACGUGGUUCCCAGGUUUUUUUUUUGGUUCCUUAAUAUGCAGUAACAUGCAUACAAUUAAGUUACAAACCUCUUAUGCACACAUUCGCUCUUGUCACAGUUUAUAUUGUGAUUUGAUUUAAGAAGUGGGUCCACAUGUAGAAAGUUUGGGAAAUUGUUGAUCAGUUUAUGCUAAAAAAAACAAACAAAAAAAACUGCCUACUGCACCUUUAAGCGACCACCAUUCUACUGUUUUCAUUUAAAUAGUAGAAUGAGAACAACAAUGGGACAGGAUGUCGGUUCUCUCCUCUAAUAUAUGAGAUAAACUAUGGUGUAAACAGAAAGUCAGAAGUAUAACUGUGUCAUUCUUGACUCUGCAGCCUUUUCAAUCUUCUCUGCUGUUAACACAGCGUAUGCAUUUAUUUAAAUGAAAGCAGUAGUAUGGGAGUGAAGUGAAGGUUCUGUUCAGUGGGUUUUAUAUUCACCGUUUUACAUAUCACUAAACUUGUAAACUGUUAAACGAUUAUAUUGAGUAUGUUAUCUGUAUGUUAGACUGACCUCAGUCUGGUCACAUAUUAUUUUGAACUCAUGUUUAGUUUCAGCCACAACCAAAGACUGCAGGACGGGUCAGAUUGUGUCGUCCGCGCUGUUUAGUGUUUGCUGCUAAAUAGUAUGAGUGACAAUGCAGGUGCCAGUUAUCUGCACUGUAAUAUGCUGUUCACAUCUGGAUUAGGAUUAUUAGCCUUUAAAUAAAAAAAAAAAUAAAUAACAAGCCAUUGACUGGAAACAAAGCUGUUGUUUGCUGAAAUCACCACAAGUGCAAACCUGUGAAUAAAAAGAAAAGAAUAAUGUAUAUUAAACAAUAUACGACUCAUGUAGAUAUUUUUUAUUUUCAGAUUUGUGAAUCGGAUUGAUUGCUGAUUUAUUGAUUUGUCUUUGUAGGUUUCAUACAAGAGAUGCUGUGUGUGACAUAGGCUGGUUUUCUUCUUCUGUUCAUUUUUAUCUAAAUAAAUAUAUUCUCCCAUGAA